UGUUAGAGAACAACGAUGAUUGAUUAAAGCAUGAUGGGACACAACAGGAACAGACUCUCUGUAUCAAAUUGAGUAAGUUGUAAACACAAAAAGAAUAUGACCCUGUUUUCCACGAUUUUGGCUUCAACGUUCGACGGCAGUGCAGCUGACGCAUGGGGUAGCGUUGACAGCCUCGCAAGCAGCCUGCAGAAAAGAUACAGUGGAGCUACAGUUUGUGACGACUCCUCUUAUUCUCGUGAGAGUGCAGCGUCAUCUUUCAUCUCAGCACGACGUCGAGGACCUAAAGUACUCACUGCAUUUUGUUGUAAGCUGCCGGACGGAAAGUGUUGCGACGCCAAAGGUGAGACAGACACGUGCUCAGGGCAGCUUCUUUCACAAGCCUGUCCGUCUGCUGGUAAGUGCAGCCAAGGAAGUGAAGGGGAAUGUCCUAAGGAAGGAUGAUCAUCAUUUGAUGCUUGACAGUAGCACUUCAAU